AAAAAACUAGAUCUCUUGAUGGAAUAUUAUUUUUUCCAAUUUUUAUUUUUUCUUUCAGAUUUUCUUGUUAUUAUUCAAGAACAAUGUCGGGAGUCAUAGAGUUGUAUAAGAAUGUUAUGGAGAAUAAAAGCCAUCCAAUAACGAAAGAUUGGUUUUUGAUGUCAGGACCAGGUCCGCUGAUGAUGAUAAUCGUCAGUUAUUUAUACUUUUGCUUAUCAGCUGGACCAAAAUAUAUGAAGGACAAAAAACCGUACGAGCUAAGAAUCGCCAUGAUUGUUUACAAUUUUAUUCAAGUGUUGUUGAGUAUAUACCUCUUCUACGAAGGAUUGAUGGCUGGAUGGUUGUACGACUACAAUUACUAUUGUCAGCCUGUUGAUUACAAUGUGAACAAUCCACUAAGUAGAAGGAUGGCUAAUGCUGUUUACUCGUAUUUCAUAUGCAAGUUGAUAGAAUUAUUGGACACAGUAUUCUUCGUUCUUCGUAAAAAGAAUCGUCAGGUCUCAUCGCUUCACGUGUACCAUCACACAUUGAUGCCAAUCUGCAGUUGGAUCGGUUGCAGAUUUCUACCAAAUGGCCAUGGCACAUUGUUAGGUGUCAUCAACGCGUUCAUUCACAUAAUUAUGUAUGCAUACUACAUGCUAACUUCGAUCGGACCACAUAUGAACAAAUAUCUCUGGUGGAAGAAAUACUUGACGACGUUACAAUUAAUUCAGUUCUUCAUUAUCUUUGUCCAUACUUUUCAAAUCUUUGUCAACGAUUGUAAUUACCCAGUAGUUAUUUCGUUCCUGCUCAAUUUAAAUUCGUUGAUUUUCCUUUAUUUGUUUGGUUCGUUUUACAUCCAGAAUUACGUUAAAAGGGAAAAACAGAAAGAUAAGACUGAAAAAAUAACGAAGACUGCGAACAAAAUAGAGUGAAUUGAUACUAUUCAAUGCCAUUUGGUUCUCGUUUAUCAAAAUCCAUUUCGUUACGUAAAAGAACAUUCAUAUUAGUUAGAUACGUCUAGCCCUCUAGCGAGAAAAACAUACAUUUGACCAGAUAAUUUAUUACUAAUCGAUCCAUUUCGUUUUCUUAGUUUGAAAACGAGAUUCGAUCUUCUGUGAAAUAUGCCGAGUGACAUUUUUACCAAAUUAAUUUAAUUUUUUUAUCUAAAUAUAUUUCCUUUUUUUUUUACAAUAGUUACACUUAAUUGAUUACACAGUUCCCUUCAAUUGAAUAUACAUAUACAGUAUAUAAAUUACUUUCAAAUUAUAUGACUGAAUAUUGGUAUUAUUUAAGAAAAUUUAAAAUGGAAAAUUGAUAUUGUAAAAGAAAAUAAAAUUGUAUUGAAGAUUAUAAUUAGAAAUGUAAAGAAAUGUAAAAUCAAUUCUUCGUAACUAACUUGCUGGUUGAUAUUAUCGGUAAUGAAGGAAUCGCUCGAUCAAAGGACUUAUCAAUCGAUCUCAUCGAAUUGCUCUUUUUGUUGAUAAGGUAGAACAAGUAUCGUUAUCAUAAAUAAUAAUUUUGGUAUUUGUA